CUUCAAACUACAUCCUAACAGCACAUAUACCACUACAGAUACCGCAUCUCGGCCUCGAGGAUAGUCCGAUCAACCAGCCGAUAGUUGCAUGUAACAUCACACGAGUCUUUCAAGAUGCUUUACGUUGCCACGGCCCUGCCUUCAACGGCUGUAACUCAUUCCAUCAAUGUACCCAACCUGACCUCUUCGGAGCCGGGAUCGAGCGCUUUGGUGGUCGCCAAGGGCAACACGAUCGAAGUCUGGAAUCUCAACCCUGAAGGACUGGUAGAGGUCUGCAAGACAGAUGUUUGGGGCAUGGUCGUCGGUCUUGAAUGGGUCGGCAAAGCUGGUCAAAGCCCACAUAUCGUCGUCCAGACCGACCAUCCGCUCUCCCGUAUCCUCCUCUAUCGCUUCGUCAGCGCCGAUCAACCAACGCUCUCUCUAACUGCAACUCACUGGGUAGACCGUAAAAGCCGUACAGCUGAGUUCUUGACCGGCCUGGUCGUCGAUCGAUCCGCCGGGGUGGUCAUCGCCAGCCUCUACGUUGGGAUGCUCAGCGUCAUCGAGAUCGGAGUCAAGGAUAAAGAUUCGCCGGUCAAGGGGUCUAGGAGGGCGAGUACGGUGGGAAAGGGAAAGAAACGGGAAAGAAAAGAUACGGGAGAGUUCAAUAUGGAGAUCGACGAGCAAGCGGACGUGCUCGAUAUCAAGGACGUUUACGAGAUCAAUAUCCGAGAACACAACCUCUUGUCACUGGCUUUCAUCACCGCCCCAGCCACACCACACCCAACUACGGCUCUUGUCUUCUUAUACCUUACUCCAGAUUACACCAUCAACCUCGUCGCGCGGACCCUGGAUCGCUCCGGGAGAUCCUUCGUCGACGUAUGUGAGACGAUCGAUAUUCUCUCACCUCCAUCCCUCUCAGAUGGAUCGGGGGGUAUCAAGGACUUUUCUAUCCCCGCAGCCAAGAAGUUGCUGGCUGUACCGGAUGGGGUGCUGGUCAUUGGGGACGAGUUCUCGGCAACAUAUCAACUCGUCAAAGCGAAUCGCAGGAAGAGCAGCCUUUCUGCGAGGGCGAUGGAAUCCCCGAAGAUCGAGGUUGGUGAGAGCGCCUUGAGUACGAGUCCGGACAAUAGUAAACGCCGCAAGGGUAGUAUCGGGGGCACGUACCACCAGGGAGCGGCAGGUGAAAAAGGAGCGGAGGACUCUACGACGUGGGCCAAGGGUUGGAGGAUUCGUCAAGGAUUUGGUGAUAUUACAGCCGCCACCAGCAUUCAAGCAGAAGGCCGGAAUGUGGUCUUGCUCGGAGAUGCCGCAGGAAGGCUCUCCUUUGCAUCUUACGGAUCUCGUGAAGGACCCAGCAAGCCGAUAGUCCGAAAUUUGGGUGUAACCUCACCUGCUAGCACAUUGUCGUAUUUGGACAAUGGCCACGUCUUUGUUGGUUCACAAUGCGGUGAUUGUCAGAUCAUCAGAUUGCAGGCGGACAAAAUCUCUCACGACAAAGGAAAGCGGAAAGCGACUGAUUUGAAACAGAUCGAAGAGGAAGACGCUGGGGAGGCCGAGAAUACGCGGGGGUUUACGAUGGUGGGCAUGUGGGCGAAUAUUGCACCGGUCUUGGACUUCUGCGUGGUCGAAGGCGAGGGAGGCGGGAGCGCUCAAAUCGUGACGGCCUCUGGUCUGGCAUCGUCAGGUUCAUUGCGAGCGGUUCGAAGCGGAGUCGGAUCGGAAGUCAUUGCCAAGCUGGAAGGCCUGGAGAACAUCGUCUCGGUAUCGUCAUUCGAUCUAGGAGCUGCGGCGGGGCUAGUCGUUUCAACUCUUGAUAGCAGUCUGCUCCUCCGAGUGUCAAUCUCGACCUCUUCAGGGGAACCGGAUAUUGAAGUCGAGGCGGUUUCACCGGAAAGUGUGCCAUACAAGGCGAAUGAGCCAACGAUCGUUGCUGCGCAAGUCUCUGAUCAUCUCGUCCAAGUGACACCACACGGAGUUUUGGUCCUCGAUCCUCAGCAGGGCGUCAUCGCUGCUACUUGGAGCGGGCUGGAACCGUCGCAGACCGUUCUCGUGGCUGCUUGUACGGGGAACGAUAUCCUGGUCGGGACGUCUGAUGGCACGCUGCUGGUCUUGAAGAUUGAAUUUCCUGGCACUGGCGCAGCUGUCACCGUCGUCGAGCGUACCGCAUUCACCUCCAGCGAGAUUGCAAGCGUAGCACUUGCGCCCGAUGGGAUUCCACUGGCUGCCGUCGGGUUUUGGGGCAGCAACGAGGUCAAAAUCGUCUCUCUGAGCGAUCUCCAGGUAUUAGAAACCGUUGUCGAAGCUUCGUUGCCUCGCUCCAUCCUCAUCCGCAAGGACCCAGAGGAUACAUCAACCGAGUCGGUGAACAAACUCCUGAUGCUCGUGGGAAAUGGCGAUGGAUCCGUUACAACCCGGAAACUCUGCCUUGGGGAUGUAUCCUCCUCUCCGACAGUCACGAUCGGUUCAAGAAACUCGUUGGCUAUGGGCAGGACUCCCGUACAUCUCGCAGCUUCAACCUUCGAAGCAGAGUCAUCACAAAUUUUGUGCAUAAGCGACAGAGUUUCGGUGCUAUACGAGGAGCAAGAGCGGCUUUCACGUUCGGCCUUCAACCUCUCUGGAAUCACAUCUGCUUCAAUCCUGCAUCUGUCAGAGUUGGGCUCGUGUAUAGCCCUGGCCGACCGGGAGGGGCUUCAACUCAGAGCAAUAUCAGGUCUCAGGGAGUUGCAGAUUCGUAAAAUCGACCUCGGCUUUGACAACCCCCAACACGUGGUGCAUUCGCCCACCGCACGGGUCUUUGGGGUUACAAUCAUGCGUACCAAGAUCGACCAAGAGUACGGUGACGAAGAGACCUCCAGCUACUUCCGACUUUAUGACGCCGAGACGUUCAGUCCCUCGUCGGAAAUCGCGUUGGACAAAGGUGAAAAGCCCACCUCAUUGGAGAUGGUACAGUUCGACGAGAGCGGCGUUCAAUACUUUGCGCUGGGAACGACCUUCGAAGAUCGUCCCGACGACGCUGGAGCCUCAUCCUCGGGCUAUCUGCGUAUAAUCAACGUUAAGCUUGACGAAGUCUCGGGUCGACCGCCAUCUGCGGAAAUCGUCGCUAGCAGACAGAUGAACGGAACCGUUUACGACAUCAAGGUAAUCUGGGGAGCUCUGGCUGUUGCUGUGGAUCAUCGGGUCGACCUCGUGCGAUUUGACAGAGAUUCCGAGUCCAACUCAUUAGAAACGACAGCAUCCUGGGGCAAUGCCUUUUUCGCGUCUUGUUUGACUGUUCAGACGUUAAAAGACGGCUCGAAACAACGGUUGCAUGUGGGCGAUGGUAUGAGAAGCGUCUUCGCGCUCGAGCAGGACAGCAAAGGACAUUUGGUAGAUGUCGCUCGAGACAUGCGACCUCACUGGGUCCUGACGAUGGAGGAACUCGAUGCCGACGGUGGAGCCGUAGCGUUCUCGGACACAAAUUACAAUCUCUUGACUAUCCGUCACGAAGACAACAAGUUUGAAAACUCGGCUGGUCUGGCACUGCACGAGACCAUCACUAAGUUGCAACGAGGAUCCCUUGUCUCGGUACAAGAGAGCUCAUGCCUGCAGCCAGAGCUAGUAUUCGCGACAUCUUCGGGUCGUCUCGGCAUAAUUGGCGAUCUGAAUGAGGGAGAAGCCAAGAUCUUGCGGGAACUGCAGCUCAACAUGGAAAGCCUCGUAACCGGUCCCGAGAUCCCCUGGUCGAGGUACAGGGAGAUUCACGCCGAGGGCAACGCAAAGCCCCGACCCCCAUUAGGAUUCAUCGACGGGGAUUUCGUCAAGCGAUUCCUGGAUCACCCCGCCGAAUCAGAAUUGUCAUCUCUCAUUCUGAACGGGCCAAACGAGUUCAGCCGCGUGUCCGGCUCGAGAGCGGACGUUGUACAGAUAUUGGACGCCGUUACCGUCUAGUCGGCCAAAAUAUAAC